CUGCAUGUAAAAUUAAAAGUCUCCAUCGAGGGAUAUCUGAGGGUGUUGAGAGGACGACGGCUUCAUGGAGCGGUGGCCGGUAGCCUUGUAGCGGAGGUUCAGAAGUCCGGUAGGUGGCAGUGAACGUACUCAGGUAGGGAGGGCAGGGCGAGGGGGCGUGUGCUCCUCUUGCACAAGCGCUCCCAUGUUGCGUAGUCUGGAAACCUGACGUGGAGAAGAGUCAGAGCGAAAACGGCGACUAUGUGUCUGUGAGUGACCGAGUUGCGCCAGGGCAGAUUAGAAAGUGCCCGUAAGCUCGCGCACUUCUCUCCGGACCGACAGGGUCGCACGAGCCUGGAGACACGCUCCGAGCCCGGUCGGCUGGCCGCGGGUGACCCGAGGAUCCCACUUUGACGAACACACUCGGGCUCCGCUGGCAGGGAAGGUGGAACUAAACUACAUUCACCGACUUGUAAGCGAUGCGCUGGCAGCAUGGCCAAGUGGUUCAAGGAGCACCUAGGAUUCAAAACGACCAAAGCACCCCCUCCGGCGCCUCCCAAACCGGACUACAGACACUGUCACACCGGUGUGCCCCUUGUGCCAGGCUACCAACAAACAAGCUCCGGGGCCACCUUUCCGAACCCCGCUCAGCCGGACAUCCUCGCUGCCUACAAACUGCAGAAGGAGCUAGACUUCGAGGACCCUUACACUCCAGGUGGAAAUAUUUCAUUCGGCCCGAGCUUGAACACUGUGGGGCCGUCGGAUAUCAAGUAUGUGUCGCCAAAGCACAGACUUAUCAAGGUGGAAACAAUCGAAAAGAGCAGCCCGGCUCCGGGCGGCGGUGUCACGGUCACCCAGGCUGUUGCUGUCGGGAGUGUUAAAUCUCCAACCUCACCUCCGUCGGACCACGACAACAAAGAGAAGCUCAUUAUCCUUGAAGACUAUGCGGAUCCGUUCGAUGCUGAGCAGGCUGGCGGCGCUCAGACCACCACGGAAAAGGUGACAACUGAGAACGACGGCUACAUGGAGCCAUAUGAGGCCCAGAAGAUGAUGGCAGAAAUACGAUCUGGUGGAAGAGGGCCUAAGGACGGACCUGUGAGGCAGCUGCCCCUUUACGACACGCCUUAUGAGCCAGCUGAGAACGGAGGAGACUUGGACCCCGAGUGCUCACGCUGCCCAAGAGAAAGUCGACUACCCCAGGAUGAUGAGCGACCUCCCGAGGAGUAUGACCAGCCCUGGGAGUGGAAGAAGGAGAGGAUUUCCAAAGCCUUUGCAGCACUGCUUUGUUAUGACUGCAUUAGCUACGAGGGCUCUGUAAGUGGCACUGGAUCAGGUCCCCACAGAAGGAAGGACUGCACCUCUAAAUCCCUCACAGUAGAGAUUAAAGUGAUCAAGGACCUACCGUGGCCCCCUCCUGUCGGGCAACUCAACACCAGCUCUCCCCUAGUGGAGGAGCUGGAGUCUCCCUUCCAGACAGCUCAGCCCUCGCCAGGACAGACAAGCUGUGACCAGCACCACCAUGUCCAGUUUGAUGGUGUGGAGAAGUCUCGAAUGUCACCUACGAAGGAGGGAAAAGCUCGUCCGCUGCAGCGACACUCCAGUGGUUGUCUGGUCAACACCAAAAUGACUUCGCUGGACCACUGCAGCUCCUCUCUUGGGGAGCGUAUUGACCCAACCAUGCCUCUGGAAAGCCAGUUCUGGUACCAUGGAGCAAUCAGCCGAACAGAUGCCGAGUCUCUGCUCAGGCUUUGUAAGGAGGCCAGUUACCUAGUGAGAAACAGCGAGACCAGCAAGAAUGACUACUCCCUCUCCCUUAAGAGCAGCCAGGGCUUCAUGCACAUGAAGCUGUCACGGACAAAGGAGAACAAGUACAUCCUGGGCCAGAACAGCUGCCCUUUUGACAGCGUGCCUGAGAUAAUCCAUUUCUACUCCAGCCGCAAGCUGCCCAUCAAGGGUGCUGAACACAUGUCCCUGCUCUACCCUGUAGCCAUCAGGACACUAUAGUGUUUUGGGUCACCUGCAGGUGUCCUCCCCCUGCUGUACUCACUGGGGCAACUUGUGGCCCAAUUCUUCCUGUCCCUCUGGACAAUGCCCUGUCGGCUCAUGGGAAGGAGAACAACUGCUGAUCCUGAUACACCUCACUGGCCGACUGAUUCCAGACCUGUUUUGAAGGCCAGCUGCAUACUAUAUCAUAUAUACAGACUCAGUGUUGCAGAAAUUUUUAUGUUACUUUAUUUAUGACCAACACCCACUUCAUUACAUCACAGACUAUCAGAUGGACAUUGGUUCUUGAGCUGAUUUCCCUUAGCACUCAGCACUCACAAAAAGAAAGGUACAACACUGAAACAUUUCUCACUGGGAUGUACCUUUUACUAUAAUAUGUUUCUCUUUUUUUCUAAGAGUGCACAUCACGACAAUUGUGUAAGAACAAACUGGUCUGAUUUUCUUAUUUGGUUAAGGCUCUAUUAAUACUGUAAUUGUUUGUAAGGGGACUUGAAGAUUAUAGGAGCCGUGUAAGGGAAGCGACAUUUAUGAGGCAUGUUGAGAGGUAUUGUCCACAUGGGCCCCAUACACUGGCCAGAAUAUUGAAUAAAGUGGCCUUGUAUGAAUGGUGUGUCCCCAGCUGCGCAGAGACAACAGGCCUGUGAGCUGUGCAGACUGAUCUCUCUAUCUUGUCAUAGUCCAUGCUGUCUACUAUCCAUCACUGAGGGGGUGUAUCACACCAAAGACAGUGUAAGUGCCACAGUGGUGAGACAGGCAGGAGAGCAUGAUGGAUGGGUCAACCCAUUCACCACAGUACAAUUGGCUGAGGCUAGAGACCAGAGCCUUUCCAAAUGGACCAAAUUAGCCCCGCUACCCCUGCUUAGAAUGGCUUUGCAUCAGGGGAAUGAAAUAUGCCUGCAUUGUCUACCUCAGAAAAUCAAUUUCCUUCGUCCAUCUCCAGAUCAAUAGGUACAACGGGAAUGCAGAUAUCGAUCUGCCCUCCCUUCGACAUUCCCAGUUCCCCUGAAAUUGAAUUACCCGUUUGAGGAAUGUGCUUUUUUGAAUAGAGGUAACCCAGAAUUUUUAGUAUGAAAACAUUUUCAUAAAAAACUGAUUGUACAGAUCAGCAAUUGUAUGUAUAGUCAUUAAUAUGAUACUGUGUGAUGUCAGUAACAAAUGUUUGGUUAAUACCUUAUAAUGCAUGGGUCAGAUCAGUCCGCUAGAUCAGCCGAUUUGCAGUUCUGCUUUUAAUGAUUGUUCUGUGACUGUAAUUUAUUCUGGGGUGAUUAUUACUGAUGUGUUACUCCUUUGUGACUGCCCAGCGGCCCCCUCGCCCUCAUUGUUCUGUACCGAUGUGGUUGUAUUUCUUAGGACUACUCCAGCCUCUCUUACUGUGGUGUUUUGCAUUUUUGUUGUUUCCAGUUCUGCUAAAUGCACGUUUGCCUCAGUGGCCUGACUCAGAGGUACAAGUCAUGGUGUCUCCUGAUCAACAGGAUUGUCAAGCCUCACCUGAGAGAUGACCGCGGACCCCCCACCCCCACCCAAUCAAUCAAUCACAUCUCAGCCUGUUUGAACCAGUUAACCACCUACCUUCAAGCUGUCAUGCUUCCACUAAGCAUUAAAAUCUCUCUGUCUUCAAGCCUCUGCUACCACAUGUGCUUGUGUGGAUGUGAGAAUGCAUUUGUCUGACACAUUCAUUAUUUGUAUGCAUAUGGAAAUGUGUGCACAAACUUUCUGGGUUCCAGUGUGUGUUUAACAUUGCUGGUACAAGCUGGUGACAGUUAUUGCUUGAACCUUUUCGGUUGUUGCAGCCUUUUUUCUCCCCCGAACUUGAAAAACUAGAAUGCAGCUCGUUGAUUCACUAAUUUUCUUUUGUUCUUGUAUUUAACCACAUUAACCACAUUUGAUUUUAGCAACUCAUAGGAAUGGCAUGUCUGUAUUGUGGCCAGCUGUCUGAAUGUUAUUCUAACUGCCUGAAAUUGUAACAAAUAUUUUAACCAAUCACAGCAAGAAGGCACUGAUUUACCAACAGUAUGAAGGAUCUAAUGAGAGUGCUUAAUGCUCAUGUGGUCAGACUGUCUAUUCACAAGAAAUCUUUGCCAGUCUUAUGAGUUGUAAAAAUCAUUUGCUGGUUUAAUGAGCACAUCCAAGUGAAAAUGUUGGGGUUGGCUUUGUCCAGUCUGAAAAUGACUUUACAAGCAUAUAUGUACAAAGUCAAAUCAGUGUUGGCUUUGUAUCGCCGCUGUGUGCUAUGCAACUAUAAACUGCAGUCACUGAAGGGAAAAUGAUUGGAGUGUGUGCCUCCGCCAUAUGUUUCUGACAAUUGUGAUGGUACAACAUGUCCACAGGGAAGAAAUGUAAUCAGCAUAUUGACCUGAUUAGUAAAAGUAGUUUGCAGAAAGUGGGACGUAUGCAGACAUUUAUUUUGUUGGUGCAGUAAGUGAGCAGACAUAUGUCAACGUCAUCUGCUAAGUAUGUCAUAUGAGUGUGUCUGUUCAUGUGAUGAGGCAACAUCUUCAGUUUUAUUUGGAAACACUGUAGUAUGUUGCCAAAAUGGACCUAUGUAUUUCCUUGAGAGAGGAUAUCCUAAGAAGAAAUGCAAAUUUAAAAUAAACUAUAUGUGUUAUGAAUCCUUUUAUGCUCCGAAUGUUCCCUGUUAAACAGUAAAGGCUCUUUAUUUAGUUACUGCUGCUCAUGACUCUACUAUAGGAGAGAGCCUGUGUAUGAUGGCCGCACUGUCUAGAGAGAGGCCUUAGCUUUGAAGAAAGGGGAGAAUAAGGGAGGGACAGAGGAGAUUGGGUUCUGACAGGGGGAGGGAUUUGUUGCGAUCAGCAGACACAUUCCUCACAUCUGUGUUUUUCUGUUCUAAGAACCUGAAUGAGCCCUUCUCCUCCCUCAGAAGUGUCUUAAACUGUGUGCGUGUGUACACACAAUUGUGCAAGCAUGAAACAGUGUUUGUGUGGGUGUGCGUGCGUGUGUGUACUGCUGUAAGCAUCCGUCAGCCAUUGACUUGCCCUGUGUGUAUCUUGUGCAUCACUUUACUGUGGUAAAGUGGCAUGUAUGAGUUUCCUUUGUGUACAUUUUUGUGCCACGUAUGUAUGCACUAUUAUAGCAUAUCUCUGUACAGUCCCUCAUGGCCAAAUGUAUAUAUUGAAUGUAUUGUAUGGGGACAUCGAGGCAUCAAGGUUCAAAAUAAAUAAA